AUGCCUAUAAAUAUGUUUCGGCGUCUUGGUGGUCUCGCAAUACUGCAUGGUUACAUAAUGAAGCUACUCGUGUUGUUAUUAUGCUCUGCAGUAGCAGUAACAUGUGGUAAGGUAAGACAAGGCAGGAAGUUCCCAGAUGGCUUUGUCUUCGGAGUUGCUACUGCUAGUUAUCAAAUCGAGGGAGCAUGGGAUGAAGAUGGGAAAAGCGAAAACAUCUGGGAUUAUUUAGUCCACAAUAAUCCAGAUGCAAUUGUUGACCGAAGCACUGGUGACGUAGCGUGUGACUCUUACCACAAGUACAAGCGCGAUGUAGAAAUGAUGCGAGAGUUAGGCAUCGACUCGUACCGGUUCUCCUUGUCGUGGUCUAGGAUAUUACCUUCUGGCUUCGCGAACCACGUCAACGAAGCUGGCGUACAAUUCUACAAUAACCUUAUCGACGAAUUACUCAAAUACAACAUCGAUCCUAUAAUUACGUUGUACCACUGGGACCUGCCUCAAAAACUUCAAGAGCUGGGCGGCUGGCUGAACCCUCUUGUUGUUGACUGGUUCGAGGAUUAUGCUCGUGUCGUGUACGAGAGCUUUAGCGACAGAGUUAAGAGUUUUAUCACAAUCAACGAGCCUGGACAAGUUUGUUACGACGGCUACGGAACUGAUAUAAAGGCUCCAUUGUUGAAUGCAACGGGAAUCGGCGAGUAUAUAUGCGCAAGACACAUUGCCCUCGCCCACGCCAAAGCGUACCACCUGUAUAACAAUGUGUACAAGCCUAAAUACGGUGGAGUGUGUGGUUACACCUUCGCCAUGGACUCGGUAGCCCCUCUCACGGAUUCUGAAGAAGAUAAAUAUGCCGUGGAGUUAAUGACCCAGCAUCAGUGGGCAAUAUACAGCGACCCCGUGUUUUCUAAAGACGGAGGAUUCCCUAAAGAGCUUUUGGAGUUAGUUGCUAAAAAAAGCGCAGCGCAGGGCUUCCCAAGAUCUAGACUAAUUGACUUUACGGAGGAAGAGAAGGCCUAUAUACGUGGUACCAGCGACUUCUAUGGCGUCAACCAUUACACUGGAUCCCUGGUUUCGUCCUCUCUGUAUACGUCACAGUACGCCGUACCAUCAUCUUUGGACGAUAUUGAAGUGGGACAAAUGAUACCUGAUGACUGGCUUCAGUCUGCGUCUGCAUGGUUCCAAAAAAUGCCAGACAGUAUGUAUAUCACAUUGAAACUAAUUCAGAAAAGAUAUGGGGAUCUUCCUAUUUAUAUUACGGAGAAUGGUUGGUCGUCAUACGGAGGCAUAGAUGAUGAUGACCGAGUGGAUUACUAUAGAUCUGCGUUAGAGGGCGUGCUAGACGCUUUGGACGACGGACUCAACAUCAAGGGCUAUUACGCGUGGAGUCUCAUGGAUAACUUCGAAUGGCUAGCUGGAUACACGGAACGUUUCGGCUUAUACCAAGUGGAUUACGAUGAUCCCGAACUCACUCGUACGCCAAGAAAGUCUGCUUUUGUCUACAAACACAUUAUUAAGACGCGAAUGAUCGAUCCUGACUACGAACCCGAGACCAAUGUCAUGACCAUUGAUGAGGGGCAUUGA